AGAGAAGUACUAGAAAAGAGAGAAAAAGAAGGGUGAGGGGGGUUGAAAGGGGCCAACCCGCCAUUUAUUAGCUUUUGCACCUCACCUUCUUCCCUUCUCACAACUCUCUCUCUCUCUCUCCUUUAAACAGCUAUUAAGCUCAUCUUUACUCUCUACCUCUCUCUCUGGAAUACAAGUAAGAAGCUUCACUCAUUUUCUCUCUCUAAAAACAAAGCUUCAGUCAAAGAAGGUUUAUUUUGGUUCUAUUUCUGGGUUUUCAUCUUCAAAGUUUGGUUCUUUCUCAUCAAAAACAAGUGAUUUUCAUUUGAUUUUGGAGAUAUUAUUUCUGGGUUUUAAUGGGUAUUUGUUUAAGUGCUCGAAUCAAGGCUGAGAGUCCUUCUCACACAGGUUCCAAUUGUGUAUUGGCUUGUUUAGGAAUAAAUUCGAAAUACGUUAGCAAAGAUGGAAAUGAUCCGACUUUCCCUAGUAGUAAGGUCUCAUCAGCACCUUUGACACCGAGGAGCGAGGGUGAGAUUUUGCAAUCCUCAAAUCUGAAAAACUUCAGUUUCUCUGAGCUGAAAGCGGCCACCAGGAACUUCCGACCUGAUAGUGUGCUCGGAGAAGGGGGUUUUGGGUCGGUCUUCAAGGGAUGGAUUGAUGAGAACUCGUACGCUGCAACUAAACCUGGCACGGGUAUGGUUAUUGCUGUGAAGCGACUUAACCAAGAGAGCUAUCAAGGUCAUAGGGAAUGGUUGGCGGAGGUGAAUUACCUUGGGCAGCUCUAUCAUCCUCAUCUUGUGAAAUUGGUAGGAUACUGCGUGGAAGAUGAGCACCGCCUUCUAGUGUAUGAAUUCAUGCCUAGGGGAAGCUUGGAAAACCAUCUAUUUAGAAGAGGUUCAUACUUCCAGCCUCUUUCUUGGCACCUUCGGAUGAAGGUCGCUUAUGGAGCUGCAAAGGGUCUCGCCUUUCUACACAGUGCUGAAACGAAAGUCAUAUACCGUGAUUUCAAGACCUCAAAUGUUCUCCUGGACUCGAACUACACUGCAAAACUUUCUGAUUUUGGUUUGGCCAAGGAUGGGCCAACUGGUGAUAAAAGUCAUGUAUCAACUCGCGUAAUGGGUACCUACGGGUAUGCAGCACCAGAGUAUCUAGCCACAGGUCACUUAACUGCUAGAAGUGAUGUUUAUAGCUUUGGAGUGGUUCUCCUUGAGAUGCUCUCAGGCCGAAGGGCAAUGGACAAAAACCGGCCAUCAGGAGAGCACAACCUGGUUGAGUGGGCCCGUCCUUACCUUACAAAUAAGAGGAAAAUCUUUCGCAUACUAGAUAACCGUUUAGAGGGCCAGUAUAGCUUGGAUGCCGCUUUCAAAGUGGCCAGCCUUGCGUUCCGAUGCCUGUCAAGUGAACCCAAGUUUAGGCCAUUGAUGAAUGAGGUAGUCAAAGAGUUGGAGCAGCUUCAAGAUUCCUCCAAGGAAGCUCGUAGCAGUUCUUCCACGGGGGGGCGGACUAGGAGACGAAGUGCACAAGAAAGUACAAACAGAUCAAUAUCUGCAGUUUCGUAUCCUAGCAUUUAGAACAUCGCGCUCUAUGCCUUAACUAAAGAGGAAAAAGCAGCUAAAUAUGACAAAAAUCCCUUGAUAUUUUGCACAAAUUUGGGUGAAUUAAGUUCUGUAGUGGUCAGUUGAGGUCCUUAUAUAUAUUUUUGGUUUUGAUGUACAGCUCUUGUUUCAACUAAUGUAAUUCCACAGGAUUUCUGCAGGGGAAAAUUCGAGUUUACGAGUAAUAGAUAUAGUUGCUUUCUCCUGGAAAAAUCUGAUGUAAUGAGAUUCAUGUAUGUUGAAGUUUUUUGUUCCUUGUUGUUGUAAUCUAAUCUUUUGAUUUUUUUUA